ACCGGGGGGCAGUGCCACCGUGAUUGACGACAGGAGGUGGAUGCGGAAAAGCAGGAGUUACAGCGGACACCGGAAGGAAAAUCGAGUCAAUUCGGCCUGUGUGGUUCUAUGAACAUUCGGCGUGGGUCGCAAGAUCCAAAUUAGAAACUCCCGGUCACGCGUUUGCAGCAAACGGGAACGGGCUGCUGGUCUCAGGAUAUUCAUUUGCAAAAUGGGAUCUCCAAGCAAGAUCUGUCAGCGCACUCACUGGGAUGUGAAUGUCAUUGGCAUUUAACUGUGGAAGGAAAAAAAAGGUCCUGACAAAUCUUUGUCAAUCCUGAACUUGCUGAAGUCCAUCUUGAGUCUGAAGGGCUAUAAAGGGAUGAACUGAAAGAUGAGGUGCUGCUCCCUGAGUUGCUGUUCAGGUGCUUUGGAACAUUAAAAGAGUCUGAAGUCUGUGUAAGGUGUGAGCAGAUAAUGAAAAUGACCAGGCUUCACUUUGAGUACUCCGUGGCUCAAUAAGAGUGCUUUGGAUUUGGAUGACAACAGACAGGGAGGCGAGACAGGGAGAAGGCGUAACUGAAAGAUCGAGUGCGGUGCUCAAGCUCAGUUUGGGCCAUUCAGAAAGUGAUACAGUCCCAAUGGAAAGAUCCAAUUGGUUGAUGACAAUUGCAGGCUUCAAAUGAAACCACAUCCGAAUCUGGCAGUCGCUCUGUUUAGCACAACAUAAUUAUCUCAGGAUUUUGAACAUCGAAGGGGAAGAACACACAUCGCCUGUGUGUGGAACAGUCUGUGAAAAUUAAUCUGAGAUGACCAAACAUCGACGCAGUCAUGCUGGGGAGAGACUGUGGAAAUGUGCGGAUUGUGGGAAGGGAUUUCUUUACCCAUCCCAGCUGAAAACUCACCAGCGCAGUCACACUGGAGAGAAGCCAUUCACUUGCUCUGAUUGUGGGAUGGCAUUCACUCAGUCGUCCAGCCUGCAGGUCCACCAGCGAGUCCAUACUGGGGACAGGCCAUUCACCUGCUCAGUGUGUGGGAAAACAUUCACUCAGUCAUCCAGCCUGCGUAUGCAUCAGCGAAUUCACACUGGGGAGAAACCAUUCACUUGCUCUGAUUGUGGGAAGGGGUUCAUUCUCUCGUCCCACCUGCAGAUACACCAGCGGGUUCACACGGGAGAGAGACCAUUUACCUGCUCAGUGUGUGGGAAAGCAUUUGCUCGGUCAUCCAGCUUGCAGAUACACCAACGACUUCACACUGGGGAGAAGCCAUUCAUUUGCUCUGACUGUGGUAAGGGAUUCACUUCAUCGUCCAGUCUACUGAAACACCAGCGAGUUCACACUGGGGAGAGGCCAUUCAUCUGCUCUGUGUGCGGAAAAGGAUUCAGUCGCUCAUCUAAUCUGGUGAUCCACCAGCGAAUUCACACUGGGGAGAAACCAUUCCCCUGUUCUGAGUGUGGGAAGGCAUUCAAUUGCUCAUCUAAUCUGCUGAUACACCAAAGAAUUCACACUGGCGAUAGAAGAUUCUCCUGUUCUGAGUGUGGAAAAGCAUUCAAUUGCUCUUCUAAACUGCUGAUACACCAGCGAGUACAUACUGGAGAAAAGCCAUUCAUCUGCUUGGAUUGUGGGAAAGCAUUUGCUCAGUCAACCAUUCUGCUCAUACACCAGCGAACUCAUGGGAGGGAGAAGCCAUUCACCUGCUCCAGUUGUGGGAAGGGGUUUACUCAAUCGUCCAACCUGCUGAAACACCAGCGAGCUCACAUUGGGGAUAAACAUUCACUCAGUCAACUCACCUGCUGAUUCCACCAGCCUAUGGAGAGACCAUUCACUUGUUCUAUAUGUGGGAAGUGAUUUCGAACUGUUAACAUUCCAGUAAAAUGAGUCUAGCUGGAUCCCAAUCACGUGCUGUGUUUGUGUAAAAGGCUUUGCUGUUUUCUAACACAUCUGCAAAUUCAGAAAGAACUCACACACUAAGUAAUGAACCUUUUUGUCAUUGGCCAUUUAUAUUGAGUUUAUUAAAGUCUUUAAUAUAGUCAUAGAGAUGUACAGCACAGAAAGAGUCCAAGUCGUCCAUGCUGACCAGAGAUCCCAACCCUGUCUAGUCCCACCUGCCAGCACGUGUCCCAUAUCCCUCCAAACCCUUCCUAUUCAUAUACCCAUCCAGAUGCCUUUCAAAUGUUGCAAUUGUACCAGCCUCCACCACUUCCUCUGGCUACCACUCUGUGUGAGAAAGUUGCCUCUCAGGCAUAGGCUUAGAGUAAAGUGACGUCUUUUAAAAACGGAGAUAAGGAGAAACUUAAUCAACCAGAGAGUGGUGAAUCUGUGGAAUUCAUCACCACAGAAGCCUGUGGGGGCCAGGUCAGCGAAUAUACUUAAGACUGAGAGAGAUAUCUUGAGUAUCAAGGGUUAUGGGGAGAAAGCUGGAGAAUGGUGUUGAGAAAUGUAUUAGCCAUGAUCGAGUAGACAUGAUGGGCUGAGUGGCCUAAUUUCUGUUCCUAUUUUUUUUUAUGGUGUUAUCGAACUACAUUUUCUGCAUCUCUGAUCAUUUCAGUUCCUAUUAAUUGCUUCCCUGCUCGCUGAGCUGGAAGGUUCAUUUUUUCAGAUGUCUUAUCACCAUACAUAGUAACAUCUUCAGUCACCCUCAGGAGAAAGAACUGCUGCUUUGUUUAUUUGUUUGGGUUUCUUUGGGUUGGUGAUGUCAUUUCCUGUGGUGAUUUGCACUUAUUUUUCACUGAACAUUAUAGUAUACACAAUACUCCGAGUAGGGACAGGAUGCUCGGCCCAAAUGCACAACACCAUUGUUCCAAUUGCAAUUCAGUCUGGAGAACAUAUAAAUGGAAGUUUAUAGGAGUUUGUACAAUCAUGAGAAUUAAUAGAGCGAUUCAACAAGGCAUUUUUCCCAGGGCUGUACAGAUCAAAACUGAAGGGCACAGAUUUAAGGUGGGAUGGGGAAGAAUUAGAAGGGACCUGAGGGACAACCUAUUCAUGUAAAUGGUGGUGUAGGUGUGGAUUGAACUGUCAGAGGAGGUGGUAGUGAUGUGUAUAGUUACAGGUGCUGCUCAAUGUCCUAACGUAAAACACACCCUAGUGGUCAAUAGAGACCACAGGAGGCUGUGGAGCAUCUAGAAUUGAAAAUACACAGACAUUGAUAAGUGCAUGAGGUCCAUUGUUGGGCAAUUUCCCAUCUCUCACGGCUACCUCAUUCUACGGGCUUCUUUUGUUAGAUAUUUCAUUUACCUGAGGCUUUAAGUUUAGAGUUACUUCGGUGGACUGGAAUUCAGUGACCUGCAGUACAUAUUCCAGGAGAUGACCAACACGUUUCAGAUGUUUAGUUCCUCCAACAAUGUCUUCAUCUACGUGUAGCUCAGAAUACGUUUCUAGACCACCUGAAGAAAAAAAUGCCCUUUGUAAACUGCUGUCACCUCUCUGGAUGCUCCCUUCCCCCUUGUUCUGUACUGGUGGAGUUUUUGUGAGGAUGAGAGCAGGAAAGUUGUUUCUCAUUAAAUUCACACACGCCAAGGUAGUCACUCUUUAAACCAGACCACUGAGCAUUCUAAUACAUUGGCUUCCCUUCCUAAUAAGCAAUUCCUCAGAUUCCUAGUUGUCUUAAAUACAUUUUCUCUCUUCCCUAACACUUCAUUUUUCCCCCAGUUUCUCUUGUUGCAAGAUAAACGCAUGUCCCAAAUUGCCAAAGCACACCACCUCCAGUAAUUAAUCCCCACACGAAAAUCCUCGUGACCCCACAAAUGUCCCCACUCAAAAUAAAUGGCAUUAAGAAUUAAUGACGACCACAAAUCAGUUGUCAGGAAAGGAAAGUCAUCUGAUUCACUAAUGUCCUUUAGUAAAGGAAGCUCUCGCUCUCACUUGGUUCAUUAAAGUCCAAGUGUGGCACCAGACCACAACAAUGUUUUUGACACAUCACUUUAAUGGGAGGCAACAAUGCUCACUAUCGCAUGUGUCAAAUAAAAAAAAAUCUAUUGCUACUUCUCUCUACUCACUCAACAUAUCUAUCUCGCUCUGCUGGUUUCUAAAAGUAUCAUGCAUUUGAAAAGAAGAAGUGGGAAAUUGAGCUUAAGGGUGCUGUUUGCAGCUGAUUUUUGUUAAGUGAUGGUGUUUCAAAUUAAAGUGAGGCUGAGUAUACUGAUAGGAAGAGAACAAGGUUACAAAUCACACAACACCAGCUCAUAGUCCAACGGGUUUAUUUGGAAGUACUAGCUUUCAGAUCACUGUUCCUUCGUCGGGUAGCUUGUGGAGGAGGAUCAUAGGACACAGGAUUUGUAUGAAAAGAUCAGUGUCAUGUAAUGAAAAUAAUAUAUUGAACAAACCUAGAUUGCUGUUAAGUCUUUCAUCUUUUAGAAUGGCUUGCAGGUUUCGAUUCAUUAAUAUGUAUAUCCCAAGAGCUUCUCUUAAGUCACAUUCUUGAGAUAACAUUUUAUUUAAAACAGGUGAUACGUCGGCUCAGAUGUAUUAAAGGUGCGAGGUUAGAGUCUAUCUGUAUCCCAAUCUUGAGUCAGACUGUUACUAUUUCUAAAGUGGGAAUUUAUAAAAUGUUAUAUAGAUUGACUGCCUACAGGUUGUGUACUU